UGCUUAUAAAAACCUGAUCUCAGCGAAGCCUGAAACAGUUAGAGGCAGAGAAAGAUACAGCAAUAUAUAUUGAGAGAGAAAAGGGAUAGGUAAGAGGUAGAGUGUGGAAGGACAGAACAAAGUGAAAACCAGGGAUCAGAGGAGCAGGAAAAUUACUUUGUUGGCAAAGGGAGUAAGGUGAGAACCUGAAAGUCACUUCAGUAUGAAUUGCUAAAAUUUAUUUUGUUAGAUCCUGUCCUGAGUUGAGGAAAAAAAAUAAAUUAAAAGGAAAAACGCAAAAGGUGACGGACUGGGUGAAUUAAUCCCCACCUGCGCAGAAAUGUCCUUUGCCAUGUUAAGAUCAGUCCCUAGUCGCUGCCUCUACCCAGAGAUCAGCAUGCUGUCGGAAGGUGACGAGGAGCUGGACAGUGAGAGCUCGGGUUCGGAGACAUCUUUCAGCCUGGGACCUUAUGGUGGAGGUGCAGGAAAGAGGAAGAGGAAAGCCAGGGUAACGGGAGUCAUUAGACAGAGACAAGCCGCAAAUGCCAGAGAAAGAGACAGGACCAACAGCGUCAACACGGCCUUCACAGCACUUAGGACCCUCAUCCCCACCGAGCCCGCAGAUAGGAAACUGUCCAAAAUAGAGACCCUGCGGUUGGCUUCCAGUUACAUCUCACAUCUGGAUAACGUGUUGCUGCUGGGAGAGGCUGGUGAUGGACAACCCUGUCACACAAGUGCAUCCAGCUACUAUCCUGGCACCAGGGUCACCGAGACAGAGAGCAACCAACCCAAACAGAUCUGCACCUUCUGUCUGAGCAACCAGAGGAGAAUGAACAAAGACCGAGACAGAAAGAGCACAAUUCGAAGUUAACCAACAUAACAAU